CCACUCUAAGCGUGGAUGGGCCUUUGGCACAACGGGGGGAGGAGCGGAUUUUGGGACAAUCGUGGGACAAUCGUGGGACCGGCACCGGGACCCGCACCGGAGGGGGCGUGGCCUCCCCGCGGAGGCCCCGCCCCCAGGCCAGCGGAGGGAGGGGCGCAUGCGCAGUGCGCCGGCCGUUACCUGUCAGCGGCGGCGGGCGGAGGAGGAGGCAGCGGCGGCGGGAUGGAGGGGCUCAUCCCGCUCGUUAACCGGCUGCAGGAUGCCUUCGCGGCACUGGGCCAGAACUGCCUGCUCGACCUGCCGCAGAUCGCGGUGGUCGGCGGGCAGAGCGCCGGCAAGAGCUCCGUGCUGGAGAACUGCGUCUCCAGGGAUUUUCUUCCACGAGGUUCUGGAAUUGUGACAAGGCGACCAUUGGUCCUGCAGCUCAUCACUGCCAAAACAGAGUAUGCUGAAUUUCUACACUGCAAAGGGAAGAAAUUUACUGAUUUUGAUGAAGUUCGUCAGGAAAUUGAAGCAGAAACCGACAGAGUAACAGGAAUGAACAAAGGCAUUUCUUCAGUUCCUAUUAAUUUAAGAAUAUAUUCUCCACAUGUCCUAAGCCUGACCCUUAUUGAUUUGCCGGGAAUCACUAAAGUGCCAGUGGGGGAUCAGCCUCCGGACAUUGAGCAGCAGAUCAGAGACAUGAUAAUGCAGUUCAUCUCUCGGGAGAACUGCCUGAUCCUGGCUGUGACCCCAGCUAACACUGACCUGGCCAACUCAGAUGCCCUGAAGCUGGCAAAGGAAGUGGACCCUCAGGGCCUUAGAACCAUCGGUGUGAUCACAAAAUUGGACCUGAUGGAUGAAGGAACAGAUGCAAGAGAAGUUCUGGAAAACAAACUCCUUCCUCUUCGUAGAGGUUAUAUUGGUGUUGUAAACAGAAGUCAGAAAGACAUUGAUGGGAAGAAGGACAUAAAAGCAGCUAUUCUAGCAGAAAGGAAAUUCUUUCUUUCCCACCCAUCCUACAGGCACAUGGCAGAUCGGAUGGGAACACCAUAUCUCCAGAAAGUUCUAAACCAGCAACUUACCAAUCAUAUUCGGGAUACCUUGCCAGCUUUCAGAAGCAAACUCCAGAGCCAGCUGCUUUCCAUAGAACAUGAAGUAGAGGUAUACAAAAACUUCAGACCAGAAGAUCCCACCAGAAAAACAAAAGCCCUGUUGCAGAUGGUACAGCAGUUUUCAGUGGACUUUGAAAAAAGAAUUGAAGGAUCAGGAGAUCAAGUUGAUACGCUGGAACUUUCAGGAGGUGCCAAAAUCAAUCGUAUUUUCCAUGAACGUUUUCCCUUUGAACUUGUGAAGAUGGAAUUCAAUGAGAAGGAAUUGAGGAGAGAGAUAAGUUAUGCCAUCAAGAAUAUACACGGGAUCAGAACAGGUUUGUUCACUCCAGAUAUGGCGUUUGAAGCCAUUGUUAAAAAACAGAUCGUUAAGCUGAAAGGACCUUGCUUAAAAAGUGUGGAUCUGGUGAUGCAAGAGUUAAUCAACACUGUCAAGAAGUGCACUAAAAAGUUGGCAACAUACCCAAGGUUGUGUGAGGAGACAGAAAGAAUUGUUGCUGGCUACAUUCGUGAGAGAGAAGAGAAGACCAAGGAUCAGAUGCUGCUGCUCAUUGAUAUCCAGGUUUCUUAUAUCAACACCAACCAUGAAGACUUCAUUGGCUUUGCAAAUGCCCAACAAAGAAGCAGUCAGGUUAACAAAAGUGCAGUGGGAAAUCAGCCGCCUGAUUCCAUUGUUAUCAUCAUUUGCUGUUUAGCAUUUCUGCUGCUGCUUGCACUGCUGGGAACCAAUCUACCGCCUUCAAGGCAAAUUGUGAUCCGGAAAGGCUGGCUCACCAUCAACAACAUUGGCAUCAUGAAAGGAGGAUCCAAGGAAUACUGGUUCGUGCUGACUGCAGAGAGCUUGUCCUGGUAUAAAGAUGAUGAGGAAAAGGAGAAGAAGUACAUGCUGCCUUUGGACAACUUGAAAGUGCGAGAUGUUGAAAAGAGCUUCAUGUCCAGCAAACACAUCUUUGCAUUGUUUAACACAGAGCAGAGGAAUGUUUACAAGGAUUACCGUUUCCUUGAGCUAGCCUGUGACUCCCAAGAGGAGGUGGAUAGCUGGAAGGCAUCUCUGCUACGAGCCGGUGUCUAUCCUGAUAAAUCCUCAGGGAGCAACAAAACUGAAACUGAAGAGAAUGGCCAAGCAGAUAAUUUUUCAAUGGACCCCCAGCUGGAAAGACAGGUGGAGACAAUUCGAAAUCUUGUGGACUCCUACAUGUCUAUUAUUAACAAAUGUAUCCGAGAUCUGAUCCCGAAAACAAUCAUGCACCUCAUGAUCAAUAAUGUAAAAGAAUUUAUCAACGCAGAGCUGCUGGCUCACCUGUAUUCUUCUGAGGACCAGAACACUCUGAUGGAGGAGUCGGCGGAGCAGGCGCAGCGGCGGGACGAGACCCUGCGCAUGUACCAGGCGCUGCAGGAGGCGCUGGCCAUCAUUGGCGACAUCAGCACCAGCACCGUGUCCACCCCUGCUCCCCCACCCGUGGAUGACUCCUGGCUGCAGCAGGCACGCAGAUCACCUCCUCCAAGUCCUUCAACUCCGAGGAGACCUACCUUGAACAAUCCCCCAACCAGACCUUUAUCCGGCCGAGGACCCGCUCCUGCCAUCCCCUCUCCAGGCCCUCAGUCGGGGGCUCCCCCCGUCCCAUUCCGCCCAGGACCUCUGCCUCCAUUUCCCAGUGCUGAAGGCCAUGGAGGACCCCCCCAGGUUCCCUCUCGGCCCAGCCGGGCUCCUCCCAGCGUGCCAAGUCGAAGACCGCCCCCUUCACCUACUCGGCCCACUGUAAUCCGCCCGUUAGACUCCUCCCUGUUAAACUAAAAGGAGUUUCUGGCAUGUCACUCGUUGUUAACCAAAUAUGUGGAAACAAAUUGCUUGGUAACUGUCACAAUAACCAGUGUAUAGUCGCAUGUAUGGACAUCUCUAGGCAAGUAACCAACUAUACUGAUGCUCUCUGUCCAUUCUGCAUUGUUUAUGAGGUCUUCAAUGUUUGGGGAAGGUCUGUGCUGCCUUGACUUUUCCUUCUGCAAUAACUGAUGUUAGCUAACUUACUGACACAUAUCUCCACCCAGACAACUGUGCUCACAGUCCUCUACAGCAGCUGGAGGGCUUGACUCUGUGUAUCUUUGUGCAUGUGUUGAUUUGAUCUGCUGCUUUUUUUCCCCUCUUACCUGAAAGGAAUCUUGCUUUUAUUUGUACCUUGCAGGUUUUCUAUUUUCUCUUGUAAUGGCUAAACCAGGCAAAGAAAAGCCAUGUGGUUUCUUACCAAGCUCUUCUGAAGGCCCCACACUUCCAGGUCUCUCUUGCAAGAGGCUUGCUUCUCCUAUAAAUUCUCCUUAUCCAAAAUUUAGUUCUAAGGAAUGUUGUUAAACGAGCAGGGUGUGGGUAGGACAAGGCAUGUUUUGCUUUAUUCCCAUGCUGGCAGCUGCAAUGCCAGGUUGGUUGGGUUGGUGAGAAACAGCCUGGGGUGCCCCAGCUCACAGGGCUCAGCAUGGAGCUGUCCCCCUGCAGCCAGGAGGGGACAGGGUGGUUUGGAGGGCUGGGGUGUGACACAGCAGCGUGUGCCAGCUCCCUCUGUCCCUGCUCACUCUCCUGCUCCCACUGCACUCCUGGGAAGUGCUGGAGGGGAGUGAGUGCAUGGAAAUGGGCUGUGUGCAGGAUCCAGGGAACUGAGCACUGCUUUUGGUCCCUUUGUGACCCAGAAGGACACAGACAGGUGCACAGCAGGGCGUGGGGCCCCCUCCUGUGCCCACCAUGGGAGCUCCAGCCUGGACUGGCAGCUGAGCUUCCCAAGGGCCAGGUUUGGGUGUGAGAUAUUUGGGAAAUUUUCACAUGCCAGUCAAUAAAGUUUCCCUGUGUCCCCUGUGUAAAGACUUUCUUUUUGCAUUACAUGGUCCUUGCACACACCUUGGUUUACUGUUGCUUUAUCCAGCUAAAUUCUGGCAAGUGCUCAGCUGUGCAUCCUGGAUUAUUUUAGAAGCUGCUCACUUGCAGAGGUGCUCUGCCUCUUGUUUUGCACGUUAUAAAUUAAUGCAUUAUAAAAACCUCUUGUCUUAACUGCAUUACUUCACUUUAAACACUUAGUGUCACCCUUAAAGCUUAGAACUUAGUGAGUUAACAGAAUGAAACUGGAGAGGAAUUUGGCCUUGUUCCUUCAGAAAAUAUGAAUUGCUGCUAUUAAAAUUAUGGUUACAGAUCCCUUGGCAAAGCAAUUGGUGGUUUCAAAGGCCCCCAGUACAAUCAGUCUAAUAAAUGUAUUUAUUGAGACCGCUUGUAGGGCUCCAGUAUGCUGUAGCCCCAUGGUUAGGAAGAGUCCAAUCAAAGAGCCGCAACAAAUGGGGAUUUAGCCUGUUAAUUCCCAGGCUGCUGAUUAGCUGUGCUCAUCAGUGCAGCAAAUCAUGUUUCAGCCUGCAGAAGAGAGAAGAGCUUGGGAAAGCAUCAUGAUUUGUAUGUUAGCUUAACUUUAAUUUCCUGUCAGCCCCAUCCCUGUGACACACGCCUGGGGAGUCUGGAGGUCACAUGUGAUGUAUGGUGAAGAUGGAGAUUGUCAGAGCCCUGGAUCCUGGUGAUCUCAGCAGAUUGCUGGUGUUUGUUUGGGGAACAGGUCCACAUCUCCAGUGCCAAGUGCACAGAAUCAGCUUUCAAGGAAAAGUUUGAAAACACAACCACAGUCAUACUAGUUUUUACUACAAAAAAGAAAACAUAUUUUGAUGAUUUUUCUUGUCUUCUACACAGCUUUCCACUGCUUAGUGCUCUCUGCUGUAACCUGUGCUGCAUCUGUUGGAUUUAAUUUUGUAAAUAGCCACAGUAGCCCAUAUUGUUGCCUUGCCAGCACUCCUGCAUAUCCAAACAGUUUAUCAGAACUCUGUUACUGACUGGCAGCUGCCUGCUGAUGGGAAGCCAGGUUUAAUGCCUGAGCCACAGAGAUCACUGAUAUCACUUCUGAUAUCAGAAUAUCAAAUUAUCAUACUCACUUGGUGAUAGAAGACUAGGAUGGAUGGGUCUUUCACCUUCUAGUGGAAGGUGUCCUGCUCAUGGCAGAGGGCUUGGAACAAGAUGAGCUCCAUGGUCCCUUCCAACCCAACCCACUCUAGGGUUGUGCAAGGCCACGGUCUGGGUUUAUCCCACCACAGCCCAAGGACUCAGCUUAGUUGUCCUUUGUCCAGAAGGAAGAGCAUGACCCCCAGGAGGUGAUUCAGGCCUGAGUGGCUGCAAGGGACACGAGGGCAGUGCUGGUGAGUCAGGAGCCUUAAUUACACGGCACAGCUCCUGGCCUAGAAACGUGCUUUUAAAUGCUCUCUACUUGAGACUCCCUAAUUUAAUGACUGUUUGUGCCAAGCACAAGGAAAUAGGUGGCACAACUGAGCACUCUCCUUUACUCUGCCCCCAAGAAACUUAUUUCUCAGCAGUAAUCCUGAGUUGUAAAUAAAGCUCUCAAGGGUGGAUUUACCCGAAAGAGGAGGAGGGGGCAGUGAGGCGUCAGUACAUCUGGUCCUGUGCUUGAUGCUGAGGGUGCAGGACACAGCUGCACAGCCCUCCUUCCUCUGCAUCCUCAUUCAGAUCUCGUCUAAGUCUGGCCCUGUGCCCUAAAUGCAACACUUUUGGGUGUGCAGGUUAAUAAAAACACAUGAGCAUGAAUCCAGGGUUUGCUCAUUUCACCUCUUCUUGCGUAUGUGCUUGUGAGAAUAAACCACGUAAACUUGUUUCUAGGAAAAACACUUGAAUGCUUCCCAAGAAAUUGCCACAUCCAGUUGAGUAAGUGCUGUCCUCCAGCCUGGGCCCACUUCCUUCUGCUGUAGAGUGCCUGGAAUGGGUUUGUUUGUCCCACUUACUCCUGAUGCUGGCGAGUCCCCUCCAUCCUGUCCCUUGUUCUUAGAGGAGCAGCCCUGGCAGCAACUCACUCCAUGCCAAAUGGAAAGCAGGACGAGCACCCUGUGGGUCUGCCAGAGGGACUGAGCACCUCUGCAGAGCCACUUAGGUGGGAUGAGCCACAUCUAAACUGUGUCUGAGAAGCACAGGUUGCUCUGCCCUUCUCUGCUUCCCUCUGGCACAGCUCUGGUUGCCAGGGCAUAGUGGAGCAAUAAUGAAGCACCACCAGAGUUUCUGAUCUUACAUGAGGUGCACAAAGAUCUGGGUGGUGUAGUUGCUAAGAUUCCGGAGGGUGCUCAUCUAAUUCUGCAUUUAGGCUGAGCCUGGAUCUCUGCCCAGAGAACAUUUCCACCUCACCCCGCUGUGGCUGACCAACAGCUGAAGAGCUUGUGCGUGCCCUGACCAGCUCUCGGCCUGGCAUCUCAAGGGAUCUUUUGCUAGGGUUAAAAAGAUUAUAUGCUCAACAAAAAGGCUUAUGUACAUAGUUAAUGUGUGUUUAUUUUAUUGCUGAUCUUGUUGCACUUUCUGAGCAAGCCUCCUAAAAGUAGAUUAUUUAUUAUAUUAAAGAAGAUACAUUAUAGGUUAUGGCAUUUCGUGUUCAAGUAUAACAUAGAAAAUACUAUCCUCUCAGUUCCAGACAGCUCCACUAACCAUGAUGUGUACAGCAUAUUGAGAUUACUGACUAGUUCUGUCCUUCUGUCUUAAAAUAGUCCAACCCUCCUGAACUGAGAGCAGACCUGCUGUGUCCCUGUGCCACCAGGGAGCCUCCCGGCGCCCUCCUGGCACAGCUCCCCCUGCUGUGGCACUGCCCCUGCUCCCAGGCUGUGCAGAACAGCUCCCUUGUGUAAUGAAUGUUACUCUGCCUGUCUUUCCUCUUGCUUUGUCUGCAGGCGAGCUGAUGCCGACGGCUCCUCCCGUCCGGACAGCCCUCCACUCUUGCUUGAUCUAUGAUUUGUCCCACCUUGCCGGCCGUUUGCUUUACUGCUGUCUCUUUACUUUUCCAGGACGGUCUAAACCAUGACUUCUUUUUUGUAAGAAGCAAACGCUUAAUUUCUUUCUGAUUUUUUUUUUUUUUUUGCUCUGUAUGUUAAUGCCCUACUUCAUGUGAGCCAAAACAUCUGCCUUUGGUUUCGUAAUCUGUAAAUGGUUCCUGGUGUUGACCUUUGAGCACAGCGAGUGGAUUCCCGAAACCGUGGUCAUCACUGAGCAUCACAUACACCUGCUGUAAAAAUGUUAUGCUGCAUUUCUGAACCUGAAAUAAACUGUCAUUCUUGAUGGGCUUUUAUUAUUA